UCUAAUCCAUCAUUACCAUCACCGACCUCUCUCUCUCGCUUCACCUAUCUCUGCCGUCUCUCUCUCCUGGGCUCUCUCUUUCUUUGAAUCUUAUUCGUGUGCAGACAGUACAGUCAAACAACAAAGUCCCUGCAGAAAAGUAAUUAAUGCUGCCUGUACCAUCCAUCUCCACCUCAGUACGAAUCUACAUAUUUUUGUUUCCUUCUCCAUUUCACACCAUCAUUUGACCCUUCUCCUUCUUCUUUUUUACUACCUAAAGGCACGCCGCUACUUGUCCACCUAUCUUUAUACAAACAAACUCAUACACAUACCAUAAAAUACACAAACCCUUCUUUAUAAGAUACAAAACCAACAUUAAAAACAAACAACAAACAACAAAAAAAACAUGAAUUCCAUCAACUUGUCAACAACCGCUUUCACCUUUCUAGCCCCAUAUCUCUUCACCCUCGUUGUCUUCCUCCUUUUCUUCGAACAGAUCUCUUACUUGAAGAAGAGAAAAAACAUCCCAGGUCCAGUUCUAGUGUUUCCAUUUCUUGGCAACGCAAUCUCAUUGGUCCGUCACCCUACAAGGUUCUGGGACCACCAAUCAUACCUCGCCAAGUCAUCCCCAGCUGGCUUCUCCGCCAACUACAUCGUCGGCAGAUUCAUUCUCUUCAUCCGUGACUCUGAGCUCUCCCACAAGAUCUUCUCCAAUGUGCGCCCCGAUGCUUUUCACCUCGUGGGCCACCCUUUUGGCAAAAAGCUCUUUGGCGAACACAACCUCAUAUACAUGAUGGGCCAAGAUCACAAAGAUCUCCGCCGUCGGAUCGUUCCCAACUUCACUCCCAAAGCUCUCUCCACCUAUACUUCACUCCAGCAGAUUACUAUUCUCUACCAUCUACAAAAAUGGGAUCGCCUUUCUUCGGGAAAAGCGAUUCCGCUUAGAUUUCUGGCUCGUGAUAUGAAUCUCGAAACUUCGCAGACUGUGUUUGUUGGGCCUUAUCUGGCUCCAGAGGCACGCGAGAGGUUUAACGCCGAUUACAACUUCUUCAAUGUUGGCCUCAUGAAGCUGCCCUUCGAUUUUCCCGGUACGGCGUUUCGAAACGCGAGGCUCGGCGUUGACCGUUUAGUCAAAACACUGUCUGUCUGUGUGCAACAGAGCAAAGAGAACAUGAAGAAAGGGAAAGAACCCACGUGCUUGAUCGAUUUCUGGAUGCAAGAGACUGUGAAGGAGUUAACAGCUUUAUCCGAAUCCGGAGAAACCAUCGCAGCGCCGCCGCCGCCGCCAAACACCAGCGACGUCGAAAUCGGAAGCUACCUAUUCGACUUUCUCUUCGCGGCGCAGGACGCUUCCACGUCAUCGCUCCUCUGGGCCGUGACUCUCCUCGACUCGCACCCGGAGGUUUUGGCGAAAGUGCGCGAAGAAGUCGAGUCGAUAUGGCUGCCGGAGUCCGAUUCUUUGAUAACCGGCGAACAGUUAGCGCAGAUGAAGUACACGCACGCGGUGGCGCGUGAGGUUCUGAGGUACAGAGCUCCGGCGCCUAUGGUCCCACACAUAGCGGCGGAGGAUUUCCCGUUGAACGAGUCGUACACGAUUGCUAAGGGGACCAUUGUUUUUCCGUCUGUGUCCGAGUCGUCGUUUCAAGGGUUUAACGAGCCGGACCGGUUCGACCCGGACCGGUUUUCGGAGGAGAGACAGGAGGACCGGGUUUAUAAGAAGAACUACCUGGCGUUCGGAGCUGGAGCCCACCAGUGUGUGGGACAGAGGUACGCUAUUAACCACCUCGUUCUCUUCAUUGCGAUGUUCGCCACGUUGUUGGAUUUUAAGCGGCAUAGAUCCGACGGCUGUGAUGAGAUCAGCUAUGUCCCCACCAUUUGUCCUAAGGACGAUUGCUUGGUUUCACUCUCUAGACGGUGCGCACGCUAUCCGACACUGUCCUUGCAUUGACCAAAUCUCUAAAAUACCCUUCGUACAUUUGUUUCUCGUCAACAUUUGCGUCUCGUCAAAAUACACUGUUACCCCAUAAAGUUUACCCGUAUUAGUUUUUAAAAUUUUAAAAAAGAAGCGCGAAAAUUAACGAUAAAGGAUUAAUAAUUUUCCUUUCAAAAAACUUGAGUAUUAAAACUUCAUUCAAGCAUGAAAUUUCAUUAAUGGGUCAACUUCAGGAGCAACAGUGUAUUUAUUUGUUUAUUUAUUUACUUGUUACCAAAUGUAAACGCCGUCUUGGGAAGGAAUUGUUGUUGUUGUUUGUUUGCCACGUUUUGUCGAUGGGUUGAAGGGUCAAAAGAUGUAGUCUGUUUUUGUUGUAUUCUUUCGAGUGGGGUUUGUACAGGGAGAAGGGAUGGGCGGCUAAGAUUCUUUGGAAAAGUGUGUGGAUUAUUGAUUGGUGGAUAAUUGGGGUGGGUGUGGGGAAUCUAAACACAAAUUGAAAUUUAAUACUACGAUAAAGUCUUUUCUGUCAUCAAA